AUGGCCUCGACCAUCGCCUUCUCGCUCGCCGACUUCUGCGUCGCGUCCACAUCGUUGGUAUGUGUGCAGUUGUGGAUGAUGCCGUUCAUGUCGAGGUACAGGUUGUCGACGGGCGGCGGGCAGUCGCGGAAGGGCGUGAUGACGGACGGGCAACGCUCGGCCACCCAGCGGAAGAACUUUGGAACACCCAUUGCUUCGGCAGUCUAUCUAUAA